UGCUGAUCUUGCGAAAAAGGCGUGAACAUUUUUUUUAGCGCCGCCUCCCGAUCACCUUCUUUGAGCGCAACCUUGAGCCCAGUACAAAGACUACAGCUCCCCACCACAUCCACCGAUCACUUACACCAUUUCGCAACGCCCUACCUGUCAUAUCGAGUCUACGUCUAUCCAUUAAUUGCGUGCACAAUGAUUAUUCCAGUGCGGUGUUUCUCUUGCGGAAAGGUAUAGUCCCUUCACCUCAGCGACCCUCAUACCUCAACUGACGCAGUAAAUACAGGUUGUCGGAGACCUUUGGGAGCGCUAUCUGAAGCUUAUUGACGAGGGAGUCGCGGAUGGGUUAGUUUCUACGGAUUGCAAAUUCAUGGCAUGGAAAGCUCUGAGCGCUGACGAAUUCUAAAGGGACGCCAUGGACCAACUUGGCUGCAAAAGAUACUGCUGUCGUCGUAUGGUCAUGACACACGUGGAUCUGAUCGAGAAGCUCCUCAAGUCAGUUCUGCCUUGCUCGAAUAUCUAUUGCGGCUUUCGGCUGUCCAGAUUCUUCUUGCGCGCUUAUACUAAAUGCCCAUACAGGUACAACCCAGCGGACCGAGACCAAAAGAAAGCAGCUCUGAAUUGAAUAAUCGAACGCAUAAGUCGCAGGCAUCGGAGUCGGUUGGGAAACUCAGCGGUUAUUUUAGAGGCGUAUUGAAAAUGGCGUUACGGGUUGGGAGAGUCUUCGGGACUACACAUUUCAGA